ACGUCAGCUGUCAUAACAGUAAAUCGACAUGUAGUCAUAGCAAUUGAUAUUAAUUUCGGCAAAGUAAAAUAUUAUUUGAAAGUGAAUUAUUAAAUAAUUUCCAAGAUGAGAGUCACCGGAGUAUCUAUAACGUUGGCCAACAGUAUAAUUGGUGUCGGUAUACUUGCCAUGCCAUUUUGUUUUCAACAAUGUGGAAUUAUUCUCGCAACCCUCAUUUUAAUUUUAAUGGGGUUAGUAUCCAGGUUAUGCUGUUAUUUUCUAUUAAAAUCUGCUAUUAUAACCAGAAGACGAAACUAUGAGUUUUUAGCUUUUCACAUUUUUGGAUCAGUGGGUAAAACAGCCAUAGAAUUAGGAAUUAUUGGAUUUUUGAUGGGCACAUGUGUUGCUUACUUUGUUGUGGUCGGAGAUUUGGGACCUCAGAUUAUAGCAAAAAUUUUCAAUAUAAACCAAAGUGAUACGUUGAGAACAUCCAUAAUGGUGAUUGUGUCAUUGGUCUGUGUACUGCCUUUAGGGUUGUUACGGAAUGUAGAUAGUCUUAGUAAUGUCAGUGCUGCAACUAUAGCCUUUUAUUUUUGUCUAGUUAUUAAGGUAAUAGCUGAGGCAACAAGUGAGAUGAUAUCGUCUGAUUGGACAAGUCGGAUAGAGUUGUGGAAACCAGCUGGUGUGCUUCAAUGUGUACCGAUAUUUUCAAUGGCAUUGUUCUGUCAGACCCAACUGUUUGAAAUCUUUGAAUCAUGGCCGAUGGCAUCAUUGGACAAAAUGUGUAUGGUUACCAAAAACGCUAUCAAUAUUUGCUCAGCUGUGUAUUUCACACUUGGUGUUUUUGGGUACAUCGCUUUUGGCUCAAAAGAAAUAUCAGGGAACAUUUUAGUAAGCUUGAGUCCUACGAUGGCGAGUGACGUCAUCAAGUUGGGAUUUGUAAUGUCCUUGGCGUUCAGUUUCCCGCUUAUAAUAUUCCCAUGCAGAGAGAGUCUGUACUCAUUUUUCUAUAGAACGGCGAUGUCCGGUGACCGUUCAGCGAUGUCGGUUCGUUCUCAUAGAGUCCUGACAGCCGUCAUAGUGGGCGGUUCUCUGUGUUGUGGCGUCGCUCUGCCAGCGGUGGAACGUGUGCUCGGUCUGUUGGGAUCAUCCGCGGGAACUCUCGUGUGUCUGGUCUUCCCAGCCGCCUUGUAUUCCAAUCUGUGCAGACGCGAGAAAGGCGAGAAAAUAGCGGCGCGAUUGGUGGUAGCUCUGGGACUUAUGGUUCUGGUUUUGGGAUCGUACGCCAAUAUAAAAUCACCUGAUCCACGUGAUCAUUACGAUCACAGCAGAGAGAGGGAACGUAUCGAUCGCAUCGUCGAGGACUUCUUCCACAAAAUGGAGAGAUCUGAUGAAGUAAUGGCAAAGCCUGAAAUGCAGAUCCCGUCUCGUGUAGAAGCGAACAAUUUGGAAAAUUCAAUCAUCAAGGACUCUGAAGUGCAGCCACCGAAUCCGGUACCGCCGGAGUCACACUCCGAUGAGAAGAAAUCACCCCCGUUUAAUAUAGUAGACAGUAAAUUAAAACAACUAGUACAAGAGCGCAGGGAGUUAGAUAAAGUACCAGACGCGAAACCGAGCAACGUUCAGAUAAAAUUAAAUGGCGAGGAAGUAGCGAACGGCGUCAAAAUAACAAAAGAAGAAAAUGUUAGAAAGGACGAGGAGAAAAUGAAAGAGAUCAAGACGCCGCCGAAUCAGGACAAGAUUGAUAUAAUAAAGCAACAGCAGCUGAUAGAAACUAUAAAACAACACGGAGAAGAACAGAGAGAACUCAUUAAAGAACAGAAAGAAAUCUUGGUUGAGUUAAAGAAAACGAAAGACGAAAUGAAGAAGAAUAAAGAAGAAUCUGACAGUAACGAUGCUAAGAAAAUAGCCGUUGAGAGCAUACAGAAAAUAGCUGACGUCGCUAUAAAAAGCUUAGUCGGCGACACCGAUAAGAUUGAAGACAAACAUUCUAAACCCGAAGAGCCAAUAGCAAAUAUAAUAAAUAAAGCCGUUAGUGAUAUCGCUAAGAAGGCAGAGGAAACUUUGGACGCUAUAAAGAAGAAAGAUGAAGCCAAAGAAGAUAAGCCUAAAGAGAAAUUAACUAUAGAAGGUAAAGUAGAUAAGUCCGUCGACAAGCAGAAGCCAGUACAAAAACCUCAACAAAUUGAAGAUGAACCACUUAAAAUAGUGAAUGAGCAGGACAGUGCUAAAGCUGAUAAUGCUCCUGUGAAUAACCAAAACCAAUUUAAAAUGAAUGAAAAACUUUCACCCGAAGAAAAUCAAAAUGUAAAAGUUAUUGGCGAUACAAAACCCAAAGAACACGUACACAUGCCGGACGAACCACAGUCGUACAAACAGGGAGAGGAUGUACAGAGUGAUAAACAAAAAAUAUCCAAUAUUAAUAACAAGGAAACUUUACCCAAAGACAAUAAAGAGAAUUUAAAUAAAAUAUCACAAGCGGCUAGCGACAACAAAGAGCAAAACGGUUUUAUAUACAAAGAAACAAACAUACUCAAAGAUAUAGCGAACGGCAAUAUAAUACCAAGAAAAAAGAGAGAAACCGUCGAUUGUACGGAAAAAAUGCUUCUGAAAGCAGAGAGUAGACAGAUAUGUUUGAAUCAAUUCAACAAGAGAGACGAUGAAAAUAAGGAAUCCUACAUACGAAAUGUCGACUUAGGCGAGGUCGACCUACAGAACAGUCUGCCCGUACACAUUAGGUCUUUAAGAAGCGUCGAUGGAGGAAAGAACGAUAGUCUCUAAUAAAAUAAAAUAAAAU